GGAGGAGGCUCAGCACAGAGGUAGGAAGGACAGCAGAGCUGACAAUCACAGCAGCCCUGACAAGAGCGUUCCUGGAGCCCAAGCUCUUCUCCACAGAGGACAAGCAGGCAGCAGAGACCAUGGGGCCCCCUUCAGCCUGUCCACACAGAGCAUGCAUCCCCUGGCAGGGGCUCCUGCUCACAGCCUCACUUCUAACCUUCUGGAACCUGCCCACCAGUGCCCAGACUAACAUUGAAGUUGUGCCGUUCAAUGUUGCAGAGGGGAAGGAGGUCAUUCUGCUAGUCAGUAAUGUGUCCCGCAAUCUUUAUGGCUACAACUGGUACAAAGGGGAAAGGGUGCACGCCAACUAUCGAAUUAUAGGAUAUGUAAUAAACCAAGGAGAAAAUGCCCCAGGGCCCGCACACAGUGGUCGAGAGACAAUAUACUCCAAUGGAUCCCUGCUGAUCCAGAACGUCGGCCUCAGUGACCCAGGAAUCUAUACCCUACACGUUAUAAGCGAAGAUCUUGUGACUGAAGAAGUAACCAGGCAAUUCUACGUAUUCUCGGAGCCACCAAAGCCCUCCAUCUCCAGCAACACCUUCAAUCCGGUGGAGAACAAGGAUAUUGUGGCUUUAACCUGUCAACCUGAAACUCAGGACACAACCUACCUGUGGUGGGUAAACAAUCAGAGCCUCCAGGUCAGUCCCAGGCGGCUGCUCUCCGUUGACAACAGGACCCUCGUUCUACUGAGCGUCACAACGAAUGACAAAGGACCCUAUGAAUGUGAAAUACAGAACUCAGUGGGUGCCAGGCGCAGUGACCCAGUCACCCUGAAUGUCCGCCAUGAAUCAGUAACAGGAAGUUCUCCUGACCUCUCAGCUGGGACCGCUGUCAGCAUCAUGAUUGGAGUACUGGCUGGGAUGGCUCUGAUAUAGCAGACUUGGUGUAGUUUCUGCAUUUCAGGAAGAGUGGCAGAUAUUAUGACCUCUCUUCUUAUCCUAUUUCCUGCAGGACUGACUGCCAUGCUUGGGAGAGGGAAAGGACUUCUUCACCUGUAUCUGGGACUAGAUCUCCUCCUCCUCCCAUUACACUCCUGCUUCUCAGCACUCAUUCCUGCAGGUCUCUUUUUCCCUGGUCUUCAUGCUUCCUGUACUCCACUGUAUCUUGGACAAGACUACUUCCAGCCUCUGCUCAUUUGUUUCCCCAGUUCAAUACACUGUGAAAGCUUCUUGGUCCUCUUUAAAACAUCUUUCACUUGUGCUGUUCUCUCCAUUACCAUAAACCUCAACAACUUCUUGAAGUCCUGCUUGACUUCUUGUCUCCAGUCUUUGAAUGCUUCCUAGCAUAUGACUGCUUCAUUACCUUCCUAAAAUCACCUACUCAAGAACCUGCAGGGGCCUAUUAGAUAAAUUCACUUUUCUUCUCUUCACGAAUCCUUUUUACUUCCUUUGCCACUACUCCUGAGUAUAAUUUCUCCAUCCUAAUUAGAUCUGUCUUCCUAUACAUCCCUGCCCCUCUGCCCCAUAUACACAUAGAAUUCUUAGUUCCAAUGUUAUGCCUAAAAAUGAGGUAACCUUCCUCCACCACCUGCACUGUGGAGUUACCCACACCCUUCGUCACAAGCAACCUCUGACCUUGUGGAGGACAAAGAUUGUAGCAUGAAUAUGUGAACCUGAGAGGAAACAACCUAAGUGUGGCUGAGAAUCUUUUCCUGAUAACCAAUUCAUGCGUUCAUGAAAGAUGCAGAAUUGAAGAAGACAAGGUCCUUACUCCUGGGAAUAUAAAGCCUAA